UCUGCUCUGCACUGACAGAAACGCUCUUGUGAAGAUCAAUACUCUUCAUUUUGGACAGGUCCUAAUGGCACUGUGUGUCUUGCAGAUUUUGAGAAGUUAAAAUAAAACUCUUGCACAGUUUUUAUCUAAUCCUUAAAGGAUUUUUUAUUUUAAUAAACUCUACCAAUAUGGAUGAAAACAGGACUUCCUUAGUUAAAGGUGCGAAGGACAUUGCCAAAGAGGCCAAGAGGCAAGCUGCCAGAAACUUCAACAAGGCUGUAGACAGAGCCUCAGAUGAGUACUCCAAUCAGCGCAGCUACAACCGCUUCAACAACGAAAAUGAGGAAGAGGAGUAUUACCAACAGCAGGAUGAAUACUAUGGAGAGAAUAGAGACAAUGAUGAUGGGGCAUCCAGUGAUGCAACUGAGGGACAUGAUGAUGAGAAUGAAGUCUACGAAGGGGAGUACCAGGGUGUGCCUGCCUACAGUGAUGGGAAACCCUCAGAUGCGCAUGUGGCACUGGGAGAGCCUGUCUCUGAUAGCCUCAAAAGCCAUAAGGAUCUGGAGAGUGAGAGGCAGGCUGAUGAGGAGGAGCUGGCCCAGCAGUAUGAGCUCAUCCUGCAGGAGUGUGGCCAUGGCCGCUUCCAGUGGCAGCUGUACUUUGUCCUGGGCCUGGCACUCAUGUCUGAUGGAGUAGAGGUGUUUGUGGUGGGCUUUGUCCUCCCCAGCGCAGAAACAGACAUGUGUGUGCCUAACUCAGGGGCAGGAUGGCUGGGUAGCAUAGUGUAUUUGGGAAUGAUGGUGGGGGCAUUCUUCUGGGGAGGCCUAUCAGACAAAGUGGGCCGCAGACAGAUCCUCCUGAUAUCUUUGUCUGUCAACGGCUUCUUUGCCUUCUUGUCUUCCUUUGUCCAGGGAUACAGCAUGUUCCUCUUCUGCCGCAUGGUGUCUGGAUUUGGGAUUGGAGGAGCGGUGCCCAUAGUGUUCUCCUUCUUUGCUGAGGUAUUAGCUCGUGAAAAACGAGGGGAACAUCUGAGCUGGCUCUGUAUGUUCUGGAUGAUUGGAGGAAUCUAUGCAUCUGCCAUGGCCUGGGCCAUUAUUCCACACUAUGGCUGGAGCUUCAGCAUGGGCUCGGCAUAUCAGUUCCACAGCUGGAGAGUGUUUGUGGUGGUCUGUGCUCUGCCGUGUGUCUCUGCAGUCGUAGCUCUCACUUUUAUGCCUGAAAGCCCCCGCUUUUACCUGGAGAUGGGGAAGCAUGACGAGGCCUGGAUGGUGCUCAAACACAUCCAUGACACUAACAUGCGUGCACGUGGUGAGCCUGAGAGAGUCUUCACAGUGAAUCGCAUAAAAAUCCCUAAACAGCUGGAUGAGCUGGUGGAGAUGCAGAAUGAGUCAGCGAACCCUGUGUUAAAAGUCCUCCUUAAAAUCCAAUCAGAGCUCAAAGGGAUCUGGAAAACCUUUCUGAAAUGCUUUACCAACCCAAUCAAAGAAAACACCAUCAAAUUAGCCGCAGUUUGGUUUACCUUGUCUUUUGGGUAUUAUGGCCUAUCUGUGUGGUUCCCUGAUGUCAUUAAACACCUUCAAGCAGAUGAGUAUGCCUCCAGAGUCAAGAUCCACAAUAAUGAACGCAUAGAAGACAUCACGUUCAAUUUCACCCUCGAGAACCAAAUCCACAGAAAUGGACUCUUUCUGAAUGACAGGUUCAUUGCUAUGAAGUUCAAAGCUGUCACUUUCAUUGACUCAUCUUUUCUCAACUGUUACUUUGAAGAUGUGUCUACAGUGGGCUCCUACUUCAAGAACUGCACUUUUGUCGACUCAUUCUUCUACAACACGGAUAUCGACGACUCCAAGCUAAUAAAGUCGCAAGUGAUCAGCAGCUCAUUCCAUCAUAACAAGACGGGCUGUCAGGUGACAUUUGAUGACGACUACAGUGCCUACUGGGUCUAUUUCGUAAACUUUUUGGGCACACUCGCAGUUCUGCCUGGAAACAUUGUCUCUGCUCUUCUCAUGGACAAAAUAGGACGCCUCAGUAUGUUAGGGGGCUCUAUGGUGCUCUCGGGCAUCAGCUGUUUCUUCCUGUGGUUUGGCACCAGUGAGUCCAUGAUGAUCUUCAUGUUAUGCCUCUACAACGGUCUAAGCAUUUCCGCCUGGAAUUCUCUGGAUGUGGUCACCACAGAGCUCUAUCCCACUGACAGACGGGGCACAGGCUUUGGCUUCUGCAAUGCUAUGUGUAAGCUGGCAGCAGUGCUCGGUAACCUGAUCUUUGGCUCCCUGGUUGGCAUCACUAAAGCUAUCCCCAUCCUGCUGGCCUCCUCGGUGCUGGUGGGUGGUGGUCUGAUCGGGCUGCGGCUUCCAGACACUCGCACCAAUGUUCUCAUGUGAAACAGGCAGC